CUCAGCUCCGUCGCCACAACCAUCCCAAAACUGCGCACACGGCGGCGGCGGCGGCAGCAGCCAUGUACACCAGCACCUGCUCUGCGGCGGACGAGCGCAUCUACUGCCCGGAGCGCCACCGCGCGACGGAGGUUGUCCUCGACCACGCCACCGGCGACACCAUCUGCACCGAGUGCGCGCUCGUCCUCGACGCGCACUACAUCGACGAGGGUUCAGAGUGGCGCAACUUCGCCGACGACGGCGGCGGCGAGGACCGCGACCCCAGCCGCGUCGGCACCUCCGGCGACCCCUUCCUCGCCGCCAAGCUCUCCACCGUCAUCGACUCCUACAACAAGCCCAAAAAGUCCUCCGCCACCGGCGUGGCGGCCAACGCCCCUCCAAGGAUGUCGGUGCCGGACGCGGAGGCGGCCUCAGACAAGACCCUCGUCGACGGCUUCCGCGGCAUCGCCGACAUGGCCGACCGGCUCGGCCUCGUGGCCACCAUCCGCGACCUGGCCAAGGAGACGUUCAAGAAGCUGGACGAGGCCAAGGGCUGCCCGCGCGGCCGGAAGCGGGACUCCGUCUACGCCGCCUGCCGCAACCUCGGCAUGCCGCGCACGUACAAGCAGCUCGCCUCCGUCACCGCCGGGGGCGUGGCUGCCAAGAAGGACGUCGGCAAGAUGGCGACGCACAUCAAGAAGCUCCUCGGGGAGGAAGACGGCCAGGUGAUGGACAUCGGCGUCGUCAGCGCCUCCGACUACCUGCGCCGCUUCUGCUCCCGGCUCGGCCUGGGCAACCAGGAGGUGCGUAACGCGCAGGACGCCGUGCGGAGGGUCGAGGAAGGCCUCGACGUGCGCCGCAACCCGGACUCUGUCGCCGCCGCCAUCAUCUACAUGGUCGUGCAGCGUGCCGGCGCAGGCAGGUCCGCCAAGGACGUGUCUGUCGCCACCGGCGUCGCCGAGGGCACCAUCAAGGAGGUGCACAAGGACCUCACCCCGCACGCCCAGAUGCUCUUCGGCUGAGCCUGAGCGCCCACGACAUUAACGCUUCUUGAUCCUUUGGCUGUUUGGCAGGUCCUUGGCACAUGCAUGCAUGUUUGCCAUGUCCACAUAUUCCAAACGUAUCUUAGUCUUGGACAUGUGAAGUUUGUGUUGGACUUCGUUUCUAAGUGCUGAAUCAUAUCAUUCGUGAAUGAAUCCGUGCUUAGUUCGUUUGAUCCGAUUAAACUCAUGAUCACCGAGGUCUCACACACGGUUGCCAAGUACGCUACUCGUGAAUUAUAAUUGUCUCAUGAACUUGAGGCUAAUAAUUUCGAAGGCUCGACAUUUUUCACCGAGAUUUCACCCAUUACAAUGAACUUUAUGUUCCGGUGAAAAAGGCGACGACUUUUAGUCUCAAAGAAGGCGGUGACGACCCUUCAAUAUCGGCUAGGUUCAAACAAAAUUCAAAUUUUGGUUGAAUCCCAUUCAGAAUGAAACCAGAAUGACCAGAUUGAAUACUGAAAUAGGCGACUUCGGUGCAAUUUAAUCCAACAAAAUAUGAUGUCUAUUCUGGCCAGAUCAUCUGACUAAUGUUUAGAUACGUAUGCCAAAGUACCAAAAGAUUUCUGUGUUUACACACCAACUGAAAGAAUCUGACAUUGGUUGUUGAGUCAAGGUUACUCAACCAUGUUGUUUUCGUGGUGGCCCUUUGGUUCCUGGAUUAGUCCAUGCUCGUGCUUCGCCCUGGAUGGAUGUCACUAGGCUGGGGAUAGAUGCCUGCUUGCCAUCGAAGAUGCAACCAAUCCGAUGUUACCAAAUCAUCCAGACACAGAGAGGAACAAUGGAGUCAAAUCCUUUGCGCAAGCUGGGAGGGCAGGAUGCCGAUGCCGCAACCCACCAAUCGAAGAGCGUUGUUGUCCCAUCCGGUGGCAUGGCAGUGAAGCGGCACAAUGAAAUCACAUGGUACCAAGCUUGCCUAGAGAAGACGCAACCCACAAGGAGAUGGCGGAUCGUUUCAGCCUCUUGAUCACAAAGCAUGCAACUAGAAGGGUGCAGAAGGCCAAGAUUUCUGAGAUGAUCUGCAGUCCAGCAUCUAUCAAGGCGCGGAAGCCAUAGGAAGAACUUGACGCUUGUCGGGGCCUAGCCCUUCCAGGUUAGGUGCUAGUGCGGGCCAGGGAUAGAUACAUGGAACAUGGCCAUGUAGCAAGAGCUCGCGGAAUAUACCCUGUUGUCAGUCCAACACCAUAGCUAGCAGUCUGGCUCGAACAAACAGGUUGACAUGGUGUAGGCGCUGCGAGAAAGAGAUGUACUCGAUAGUGGCCACCACGCCGAGAGCGCCAUGGAUGUCCUAGAUCCAAGAGCGCAAAUGGAGCUCAUCAUAGACUAGGCGACGGUUGAGGUGUUGACGAGGCAUAAGGAAAAAUAGGAUGGGAGCGAUCUCACGAAUGGAAAGGCCAUCGAUCCAAUGGUCAAGCCAGAACUUAGAAGUCGUGUCGUCCCCCAAAGUCCAGGAAGUGGAAGCCCUGAAGAUGCCCUGCGUGUCGUGGUAGGGAGAGGAAGAUGGGCCACGACCUCGAUGGAUCAAUUGCUCGCAGCCGGAGC